AUGGGACCUCCAAACGACGAGCUCGUCACCAAAACAGGCGGACUGCAAAGUCAACUCGGCGCAGAUGGAAACCCCAUCGUUCAUCCCGUCGAAGUCGACGCGACCAACGGUCACGUCAACCCUCCGCCGCCACCGGUUCCUGACGUAGAAGCUCCCGUCACGGCCGCCGCGUUAACCGCCGCCAUGCAAGGUUUUGCUGCUCAAAUUGCCGAGAUGCAAGCUCAGCAGCAAAAGUACAACGACAAGAUCGACUCCCUCCAUGUCACCAGCGACGGACGAGUCAUCCCGACAGGACGAACUCUCUUCCAGACGCCAACAACAAGCAUCGCGGCAAUAUGCUCUAAUGCCUCGACAAACGGUGAUAAAGAUACCGACCCGGAAGUGGCCAAGCUGCGCCACGACCUUGAUGAUAGGAUUUUGUGUGUGAUGUGA